AUUUGCAAAUACAGGUAAUUAAACAUUUGUUUUUAUGUCUAUUUAAUCGUUAUGAUUUACGGUUGCGAGAAAUAAAUAAAAUUGUAGAAGUGAUUAACAACGUAAUUAUUUUCAAAGUGCAAAUUUACAAAACAUCUUCAAUCGAUAGAUUUAAUUUCUUUGGAGCGAAAGUCGUUUGCCUUUUUAUCAGUCGUGUCUCGCGUUCUCUUUUACUGCGGACUGUACAAAGAGUUUCAAUUCGUACCAGGGUAUACCUGGACCCGGGAUGGUGAAUGGGAAUCGCACAGAUCUCGCGGACCUCGCGACGUAUCUCUACCUCUCCAUUUCUCUUCUCUUCUCUCUUUCUCUCUCUCUCUCUCUCUGUCUCUCUCCCUCUCUCUCUCUCUCUGCCCCUUCCAAAUCUUGUGCACGUGCACGUCUGUUUCACUUCCUCAAGUGUCUUCUCCCUUCCUCGUACACUCGCAUGUAUACGUUCUUCUUUCCCUUGCUCCGGCUGUCGUUCGGUCUUCCCUUCCGUCACUCUCGUCGGCGCCUCGACGAGCGUAUUGUACGACCGCGGAUGUGUGGCUGACAGUUCACCUCAAGAUCUCGAUCUGGUUGCCACGCCGGGGAAUUCUAAGGUGCUCCGAAUCAUCGAGAACACUUCCUGCCGAUCUUUCUUUCUUCGUUAACUGGAAACGUGGAAUAAAAAGCGGAAGACAUAUGGAAUUGUUCUCUUUUAUAAAAAAAAGAUAGAAGAUGGAAGCGCAUGUCAGAAAUGUGAACAAUAGCAUAAACAUCACGCCGACAGAAGCGUAUAUGCCCACGUCACAAAUAUCCCUCACCGUCGAGGAAGAGGACGCAAUUGUGACAUUGGUAGUUGUUGUAAUCGGUAUCAUCGUAGCUAUAGUGGUACUGUUCUCGAUGGGUAUCUUCAUAGACUGCAAACAUCAAGAAAAAGAUUCCGGGAAGAAGAGAAGAUUGAAGCUGAAAAUGCCACCGGUCGCAAGACGCCGGAAAGAUGACGUAAAAGCUUUGACUUCAAAUAUGUGUCCCAACGGCGAUACCGCAUUUAUGGCGAGGGAUGCUAUAGUUUGAUAUUCGGAAGAGCUAUGGAAAAUUUGGAAAAAUUAUGAAAAAUAUUUUAUAAAAAUUGUUAUGAAAAAUUUUUGAAAUCUACUACAAGUCUCAUGUUGAUUAGUUAGUGUUUAAUAACUGAAAAAUGUAGGAAAAGAGUGAUGGAAUAUUGGAAUUCCCUCUUAGUCAUAUUUUUUUAAGAGAUAUACGUACCGUUUAAAGAUAUGUGAUUUAAUGAUACGUACUUCGUAAAUAGAGUUGAUAAACUUGAAAUAGUGGACACGGUGACUUACCAUUAAAGUUAGCAGUGAUACAUUUAUUUUCUGUAAAUAAUGACUUAGACAAUUUAGGUAAAGCAUAAAAUAAUUUCAAAAAUUUAUUAAAAAAUAUGAUUUUAAAAUAAAACUAUGUGCGAUGAAAUUAACUUCAAGUCAAGUUAGAAUAAGAAUUGUGAAGCGGCUUUCAGAAAUGAAAAUAUAAGUAUAUAUAUAUUUUUAUUACAAAUUUGUGAUACAAUAUUUUAUAAAUAUUCUGUACAACACGAGUGAUUAUAUGUGAAGAAACUAAUUUAUUUGGAGUUUUAGAUGAAUAUUUUGUUUGUUUUUGACAUUAUAAUCCGACAUAAUUAAGACUAGAAUUCUUAUAAUUUUUUCAGUUUCUUGAUUGAAUGUUAUUUAAUAAAUUGAUUAAUUUUUAAAA